AUGGAUGUAGCCAGGGAGUUCAUAGAAGGUUCUCUGGAGCCAUCGCUUCGUGAGCCUACUUUACAACCGUCAGAAGUACCCGAUAGCCAAAAAACGCAGGCCAGUCCCUCAUCCUCCUACACCCUGGCCAGUGACCAGAGCGUUUUCAGCAGAAAUGUGGAUCGCUGGAUCAGGGGUGGUCUCACCCCCACCGAGAGUACUGGCGUUCAGGGUAACAGGUUGGCGUUUGUUCAACGUUCGACUCUCACGACCACAACUCCAAGUGAUAGUCCAGGGAUGUGGUACAUCCUGGCCUUGAUGCUACCAUUCCUUAGUGCGAACAAUACUCACCGAUGGGGAUGUUCACCAAGUACAAUAUUAAAUACAGCAGAAUUACUUCUGUCGCAUUUGAGAAGAGUAGGCAGCCAUGUGAGAUGUCACAUAAGACGUUUGGCUCAAAAUAAUAUAUCCAGGGAACUAUUCGCAACUGCCAUGGAUAUCGUUCUUGUGAUUUACGCCAUAGGUUUUCUCGUACUGUCCAUGUAUCAAGCUGCGAUUAUUGGAUAACGCAUUAUUUAAUAAUUGAAAUUGU